AUGCCUCUCGAAUCAGACCUCAAGCUGGACUACAGCAAGUUCGACCCUGCCAAUAUCACACAGAAGACAAAGGAUUUCAAUGAUGGGUUGAUGAAGGUGAUGAACAAUGGGCCGAAGUGGUAUGAGGUCGGUGCCGAGAAGUACAGACAGAUGAGAUGGAAUGGAGAGACGCCCAUCCCUAAGCCUGUCAUCCUCGAAGCUGGAAAGAACGGCAAGAUACCUUCUCGUGAAGUUGGACGAGAUAUACCCACCAGGACAUUCGAGCCGGAACAUGGGAAGUCGAAGGGCCUGUUCCUCCACAUCCACGGCGGCGGCUGGGUCCUACAAUCCGAACAUUUCCAAGACCUAAUGCUCCAACGCUACGCCACCUCCUCCUCGCUCACCGUAAUCUCAAUCGGGUACCGCCUAGCCCCCGAAGACCCGUACCCAGCCGGCAACGAAGACUGCUUCGACGCCGCCGAGUACCUCGUGGACAAUGCCGAGAAGGAGUAUGGCUUGACGUUGAUGUUCAUGGGAGGCGAUAGUGCGGGGGCGCAUUUGAGUGUUUUGACGUGUUAUCAACUGCUCGAGACGAGGCCGGGGUUUGCGUUUACGGGUCUGGUGUUGAACUUCGGCGCCUACGAUAUCAGCGGGUUCCUCCCUCAGGCCUGGCAUUUCGACCUACCGCUGGUGUUGGAUGUGGACAUCAUGAUAAAAUACACCGACGCAUACCUCCCCAACAUGACGCAAGAGCAGAAACGGGAUCCGAUGAUUAGUCCCUUGUUUAUGAAUCUCAACAAACUGAAACUCCCACCCGCGCUCUUCACAUGCGGCACCCUGGACCCCUUACUGGACGAUAGCGUCUUGAUGUCUGCGAAGUGGGCUAUGAGCGGUGCUGAGAGUAUCUCGAAGAUCUACCCGGGUGCUCCUCAUGGCUUCUCAUUCUUUCCUGUGGGAGGGACCGAGACGACCGAGCAGGGAUUGAAUGAUAUUGCGAUGUUCAUGAACGAGCGUAUUGCUGCGAGUGUGAGGCAGAGUCGGGCGUAG